AUGCGGCAAUACCUUCCUCUUCUACGGGUUCUCGAGCGAAAUUUCCCGUCAAAACAAGAAGGGAAGAGCUCUGCGGUGGUGUAUGACGUACCUGUGAACCCGCUUCUCGCUCGCGACAUGAAGCUGGUCUCGGAGACAGCACUCUCAGAAACCUACGCGGCGGGGAAAAUUUUGCGCGGAGAGGAGGCCGCCGCCAACUCGUGGACGAGCGACCAUGUCAAUUGUAUCCCGACCAAGCUGGUCGACAACAUGAGGGAGUCCAACAUGAACGGUGCGCUGUCGAUAACGUCCCCAUUCAUGGGGAUUGAUGGCAUACAGAGCAGCGUUUGUGGGAGAAAAGUUUGCAACUGCUAG